AAAAGAGGCGUCAGAUCUCCCACUUCGAGCCACGCGGCUAAUACUCGAUCCAAGGUAGCCAGAAGGAGCGAUCGAUCAUGAAACUGGGAGCGAACCAGGACACUUACGGCGCCGGGGGCGACUCUGGCCGCGGAGGAUCAUCCAUGACCAUCUCGUCCGUCAUGGCGGACAUCAAGGAGAAGUUUAAGAACGACGAGGAGGACCAGGUAUCGCCGUUCCAGGGUCUGGACAAGGCCACGGUGCUACAGGAGACCAAGAUCUUCUCAGAUGCCAACACGGUGACUCGCCACCCUAAGAAAUGCUGCCAGCUGAUCACCAAGCUGCUCCACAUUCUCACUCAGGGUGAGCCUUUCACCAGCGCCGAAACCACCGCUGUUUUCUUCGGCGUCACGAAGCUCUUCCAGUCCAAAGAUGCCAAUCUGCGCCGUAUGAUGUAUCUGUUUAUUAAGGAGGUGGCCGAAGCCACUGCAGCCGACGAGGUCAUUAUUGUGACCCAGAGUCUGACCAAGGACAUGAGUUCCGACGUGGAUCUGUACCGAGCUAACGCUAUUCGAGUGCUCUGUCGUAUCAUCGAUGGCUCCAUGUUGAACGCUAUUGAGCGCUACAUCAAGCAGGCCAUUGUGGACCGCAACGCUCUUGUUGCUAGUUCAGCUCUGGUGUCGGGUAUCCACCUGAUCAAGAACAACCCAGAGAUCGUGCGUCGUUGGGUGAACGAGGUGCAGGAGGCCGUGAACUCUACGCACGACAUGGUGCAGUACCACGGCGUCUCGCUCCUGUAUCAGAUCCGUCAGCACGACAAACUCGCUGUGUCCAAGUUCAUCACACAGCUUCAGAAGACCAACCUGCGCUCCAGCCUCGCUACUUGCUUGCUCAUCCGUUACACGGCGGCUCUCUUGCGAGAAAACGCGAAUGGCCAGGAUGCUGCUCCACUAUACGCGUUUUUGCAAAAGAUGCUGCGUCAGAAGAACGAGAUGGUUAUCUACGAGGCUGCCAAGGCUCUAUGCGCACUGCCAGUGGACGCGCGUGACCUGACGCAGGCAAUUGUCGUGUUACAGUUGUUCCUGGGUUCUUCGAAGCCUACACUCCGCUUCGCUGCGGUGCGGACUCUCAGUCAGGUGGCACUGACGCAGCCCAUGCUCGUGACGCGCUGCAAUGAAGACAUGGAGGCGCUUAUCACGGACUCCAACCGAUCUAUUGCGACUCUAGCCAUCACCACCCUCCUGAAGACUGGUGCCGAAUCUAGUGUCGACCGUCUGAUGAAGCAGAUCUCCACGUUCAUGGGCGACAUCGCUGACGAGUUCAAGAUCGUCGUUGUGGAGGCCAUUAAGAACCUGUGCUUGAAGUACCCUCAAAAGCACCGCGUGCUGCUUAACUUCCUGGCCAACUUCCUUCGUGAAGAGGGUGGAUACGAGUUCAAGAAGACGAUUACGGACGCUAUUCUGUUCUUGAUCGACCGUAUCCAGGAGUGCAAGGAGACUGCUCUGCUUCACCUGUGCGAGUUCAUCGAGGACUGCGAGUUCACCCAGUUGUCGACAAAGAUUCUACGCGUGCUGGGUCAGAAGGGACCGACCACAUCGGCACCAGCGCGAUACAUUCGUUUCAUCCGUAACCGUGUUAUUCUGGAGAACGCACCGGUACGCGCUUCGGCCGUUUCAGCUCUUGCUCAGUUCGCUAUUCGCGUGGCGUCGCUCCGCGUUAGCGUAUCAUCGCUGCUGCAGUGCUGCAAGCUUGAUGAUGAUGAUGAAGUGCGUGACCGUGCUACCAUGUAUCUUGCCAUUCUGGAGGGCGACGAGGUCACUAGUCGUACUCUUCUUGUAGAGGACUUCCCCAUGAGCGUCGCUGCACUGCAGAAGUCUAUUGACCAGUACGAACUGCGCCCCGCGGAAGGUCCGCUUACGUUCGAGGCCUUGCCCCACGUCGAAGUGGUCGAGGAUGUCGUCGAAGCGAGCGCAGACGACACCGAGGCUGACAAUGAGCCGGUACAAGCGGAUGCUGCGCCGGAGCCGCAGGACGUUGCGAAGGAGCUGUACACGAUCCCGGAGUUUGCCGAGCUCGGUGCUCUUUUCCGUUCAUCCAAGCGUCUGGAGCUUACGGAAGCCGAGACAGAAUACGUCGUCAGUUGCACGAAGCACGUGUUCGCGAAGCACAUUGUGCUCCAGUUCAAGGUGCUUAACACAGUGAGCGACCAGCUUCUCACGAACGUGAACGUUGGAUUCGUGAUGGAACCAGAAGAAGUGUGGCAGGUACACUCGGUGGUCCCGCUGGAGAAGCUGGCCUACGGCAAGACUGGCUCGUGCUACGUGUGCUUGCAGUACACUGGCGAUGGCGUCUACCCCAUCGUCCAGCUUGCUAACGUUGAGUUGAAGUUCAAGGUACACGAGGUGAACCCAUCGUCCGGUGAGGUUGAAGACGAUGGCUUUGACGAGGAGUACCCAAUGGAGGAUAUUGAGAUCAGCUCGUCGGACCUGAUGGCAAAAGUUCCUGUUAAUGACUUCCGUUCGGCCUGGGAGCACAUCGGCGACGGUGCCGAGGUAAAGGGCAGCUAUGGUCUGAAGUACAAGAGCCUUGUGGAGGGUGUGGCUGCUGUAAUCGAGAACCUUGGCAUGCAACCCUGCGAGAACACGGCUGUGCCGCAACCUAAGGCAAAGGCGCACAUUCUGCUGCUGUCUGGCGUGUUUGUUGGCGGCGUCAAGGCGCUGGUGAAGUCGAGAAUAUCGUUGGAUGAACAGAGCGGCAGCAUGAUCCUGCAGGUACGUCAUGGCUUGUGUAGAUGUAUAACCACACAUAGUAUUACUGCUAACGUAUUGCAUUGUGUAGAUGGCUGUGCGUUCGGAGGCGGAAGAAAUCAGUCAGACUAUCAUGGACUGCAUUAGAUAAGAAGCCUGCGUUCGUCGUCCGGGGUGUCCGGCGGUCGUGUCCAUCAGGCAAAAUGAAAUACAACGUGGUACUGCUCAUGGAGAGGAACAUUGGCAAACGUUAGGACGAGAGGAGCACACGGACAAGGAGUAGCAGAACAAGUAGCGAGGCUACGGUAAAUGCUUGCCCUCUCAAAACAAAAUGGACACUGUUUGUGAUUGAUUCUAGUUGUUUGGCUACGAUUGCGUCGUGACAUCCAAGAGACCUUCAGACCACAGUCGUAGAAGCAUUCCGCGCACUGCGGUCUCAUCGGUAGCAGCCUCUGCUAGCUCGUCAAUCGAUGCACCAGACUUGGAGGCAGCAUACAACUUCAUGAGCGCAGGCGCCAAUUCUCCCGGGAAUACGAUGCUCUUUGGUUGAGGAGGCAUUUGUCCUAGCGCAGCGCUGGGGUCUUCGUCUUCGUCGUCGCUCUGGUUGUCGCCAUGGUCACCGUCAGCACUGCCAGUCUCAGCAUCCUCGCCACCGUCACUACCAUCUUCUUCUUCUUCUUCACCUUCGCCUCCCUCAUCUCCAUCUCCACCGUCACAUGUGCACAGGCCCAUGUGAUGCCGCCUGCAGUUGUGCAACGAGAAGUAGACGGCGAUAAAAGCCUCUUUCAUCUCGUCUUCACCUAUCGACAAGCGGAUAUGAGAGCGGUUCUUGAAGCAAAUGGUGACGUUGCCGUCAAGCGGACUCGGGCCG